GAACUAGUGAUCACAUCAGAAGAUUAUAUAUUGGCUCCUACUGUAUGGAACAAGGCCAUGUGCAUGUCUGGUAUUUCUGGUCAAGCAGUCAAGCGAAACCAUUGGAUACUAGGCGAUGUAUUCAUGAAAGCAUAUUAUACCGUAAGUAGAUAGAACACAAUAGGAUCUAACUGUACAUGUAGAUAUUUGAUUUAGAGAACAUGCAAAUUGGUUUUGCAAAGAGUAUAAGAGAUCCUCAAUUGACAUUUGAAAAGUACGAUGAAUAAAGUUGCUUUUUUUUUUUCUUUCUUUUUUUUCUUUUUCUUAUGUGUGGAGAUCAACCACUGUUUCAACAUAAUGUACCCAUAACUCAAGAAGAGUUUCAUAAGGAACUUUACCGAGAUUUAUGUGAUGCUCAUUGCCAUCCUCAUGAUGAUAUAGACAAACUCGCCUUGAUUCCCCAACUCAAGACAGGUCAUAUUACAAUUAUGGGUGUUCGACAAGACGACUGGGACAGAGUAUCCCAAGUAACAGAAGAGUGCAAUCUGAAAUAUCAAAAGAGAUGUGUUCCAUGUUUUGGUAAUGAUCACAAAUUACAAGACAUGGUCAAUGCACUUGCUGACCCUUCUCCUUAUGAUACAUGGUAUACUCAUUUACACCAUAAACUGCAAGACCAUCCAGAAGCACUGGUGGGUGAAAUAGGCAUUGAUCGAUCUGCUCGACUUUUACCUGGUGGUGCUAUUGACUGGCAUGGUAAAAAGCCUACUCAAGUUCAUACUUCAGUCGACCAUCAACUCGCUAUUCUUGAUAUUCAAUGUCAACUAGCCCGAGAACUUAACCGAGGUGUCAGUCUUCAUUGUGUGCAAGGUCAAGGCCAUCUAUUUGACUACAUGAAAAAGCAGUCGCUUCAAUUUAGUACACGUCAACUAAGAAAACUAAACUAUCAACCCAACACAUUACGUGUCUGCCUGCAUUCUUUCGGUGGUAGUCCAGCCACCAUUACUCAGUUUAUGGAACUCAAGGGGUUUGAGUUUUAUGUUUCGUUUUCUGUGGCUAUUAAUGCACAACACCUUCCAGCUCAUAAGAUGCAAGCCUUGAUUCAAGCUGUGCCUGAGGAUCGUUUGUUGAUUGAAUCUGACUUAAAUACGCCUGAAGGCAUUGAUAUCUGUAUGGUAGAUAUAGUUAAAAUUGUAGCUGAAGCAAGAGGUUGGUCUAUUGAACAAGUUGUCAAUAUCACCAAUAAAAAUUGGAAGCGAUUUGUCCAUUUUUGA